CGCAUGUCACAUCCGGGCAAUUUACUACAUUUUCCGAUGUUUAGCUCCAGUGGUUCAAAUUUGUAAACCGUAUUCUCUGUUUAAUUUUAGUACAUAGUAAUGCAUUUCGUUCAGUUUCUUUAAAAGGUAUUCAACACUUUUUCUUUCGCAUCUGGUUUUUCCUUGUAUUUAGUUUCCCGUCGUUCUAAACAACAGUAGUUUUCAUCGGAGACACAUAUAGCAAUUUCACUAGUUUCACCAAAACAAAUUUUGCAAUUAGUUAAAAAGAAGAAUGGAAGUAGAUAGAGGUAUAAAUUCGGACGAUAAUGGAAGAGACACUCCAAAGGAGGGUUAUGAAUUGCCAACACGGAUCGAUACUCCAGGGCCCAUACCAAAAUACAUGUAUAGUAGGGAUAAGUUGAUUGACCUCUCGACAUGUAGAUUGGCAAAGGAAAGGCCGCCUUGUCUGUCUAAGGACCAUUGCUCGCCUGAGGGGAUAUGGGAACCAGAGAGGUGGUUUCGAUCUUUUGACACUUCUCGUGGGAACUCCCCCCUCAUGGUCGGAGACAAAAAGCGUCCCCCAGACCUAGACAGAGACUACAUCAACAGGAGGAGACCAUCGGACCCCAAGGAGCGUUUGAAGGACGACAAAGACGGGAUAGUUCUGAGUCCGCAGCGUAGGAGUUUCGGGACGGGUUGUCAUGUCAGCAAUCAUGUUCCCCUGGGUCGACAGAUCAGUAUACCCGGGCAGGAGAACGGAGAAAACAGAGAGAGAAACCCCAGAAGGAUCGGCAGUGGACGUAUCCAGAUUGAUCGGGAUCGGGAGCGGGAACCAGCUCACCAGGAACGGGACUUUCGAGCGAUCCGCGACCGAUUUGACCGUGAAGACCGGCGAUUUGAUAACAGAGACAACAGGAAUUAUGGGAGGCGUGAAUUUGAAGACAGAAACUACAGAGAACGAGGUCACUACAACAACAACAGAAAUCGAAGAGACUCUUACCGCAAUCGCAACGAGGAGGAGCCAGAGUGGUUCACAGAGGGACCGACCAGUCAACAUGAUCGGAUCGAACUCCACGGGUUUGAGCAGCGAUCCAACUCAACUCCAGAUAAGGAAGACGAGAACUGGAGGCAGGCGGAGCGACAAGAAUCCAGACAGGAGAUCAAGAAAGGAACGCCCCAUAAAGAGGAGGAUGAGGAGACCAAUCACCGGAGGGAGUCUGUUGCAAAUGUGACAGAUAGAAAUGGAAGUCUGGAAACAAAUGAACCAAGUUCUCCCGAGGAAUCGAAUAACUCUGACAGCAUCAACGUACAGUCACCACGCCACAACAAUCUGUUUGACUUCAAUGAGUUCUUUAAGCUGGAGAACCUGCCUGGACUUCACGAAGGAGCCAGUCCAAGUACAGACUUUACUGGACUCCAGAGUCGCUUCAGUAAGUGGUUCUCCAACAGCAGUCGAGACAACAGUAGGCGGUCAUCUAUCAAUGAGGACUUUGGCUACUUAAAUGAUUUGCUGAGUGGUUCCAAGAGUCCAGUGGUCCCUUCCCCUCCCCCACCCUCGGCCAACUCUUUCUCUCAUCAGUCGGUGUUCUCCACCUCAGCCAACAGCACAUUCCAAGAUAAACCACAGCAGUUGAGUUAUGACUUCUCUUCUGUACAGAAGAACACCAUAGGACCCAUGCUGAACGCCUUGUUCCAGAACUCUUCACACGACCGAUCUCACAGAAGCAGCACCAGCAGUAUGACUGCCCAGGAUGCUGAGGCUCAGCUGAAGGCAUUGUUAUUUGGGAGGAAGGGUUCCACUCCAUCAAGCAGUGGCACAGGCAGCCCAGCGGUGGCUUCUCCACUUCAUAUGCCUGGACGAUUCAAGACAGUUGCAGAAUUAGAAGCUGACAUGGCACCCAACAAUAACCGAACCUACACCCCUCCUGGUGCCCCUAUACAGCACCCUUUGGUGACCCAGCCAGCUCAGCAAAAGGCGUCCAAGCCCCCACCCCCUGCACAGUCGCCCAAAGAACAGCAAGACGAUCUUGCUGCCUUCAACAAGCUUCUAAGUCUCAUGCAGGCUGGAGCAGCAGCAGCCGUGGAGUCUCCUAACAAAAUGUCACAAACUGCUCAACGCAAUCCUGAGCAGAGGACCAUGUCUCCUAUUUUCUUGAGUCAGCCCCCACCCUCCUCCAACAAUGUACCACCCCCUGGACAGCCCCCACUCACCCCAGGCAGUGUGGCUCAGAAUGAAUUUCUGCAGGCUUUGCUACGUAACAAGGAGCAACAGUUACAGAUCCGUCAGCACACUCUGAAUCACAUGCGGGGAAGUGUUCAUCUCAACAACCAGUCCACCCCUAUAGCUCAACAAGCACAGAACUUCCAGCAAACACCCCCCUCGGGAGGAGGCCCCCCACCCCCCAGACACCCGGACAACUCUGAGACCCUAGCCAACUUCAUCAAACAGAAUCCCACCAUCAUUACCAAACCCUCCACCCCCACCCCUCCCCCCCAGCAGCCCCCUCCUCCCAUGCCACCGGUUCCAGCAGUUCACUCCCCUCUGGCGCCCCACCCCGGUCAGGCUGCAGUCAUCGGGCUGAUGCAGAACACGCCAUCCCCACGGGCGGCCUCUCCACAACUGAUUCAACAGGCCCUGCUCGCUCAGCCAGGGUCCCCAAGGGUACCAUCACCCAUUAUGUUCAGUCAGCAGCCACCGAUGCAUCUGAGUGCUCCAUCCCCCAUCCACCCCUCACAGAUCGCAGGCAAAUCUUCUCCUGUGUCCAUGCAGGCAGCUACCAACCUAUCUUCCACUGGUACAGCCACUAUACGACCCCCUCUGGUGCCUCGAGUCCCCAGCCCCCAGGAGCUGAUCGCCCACACACAGGCCAUCAUGCAGACCGCCCUCCUCAAAAAACAGCUGGAGGAUCAGAAGGAGCGAUUCAUAAAGAAACAGCAAGAGAGAGGAAAGUCUCCGAAUCCUACGACCCCACAGGGAAAAGUAGCAGCACCCCCAGGCCAGCAGCAGCCUAGCCCUGCCUCCCCCCGCCUGGUGCCCAGUGGACCCUUACCUGCCUCCUCCCUCCCCCAGCCUCUCACCCCCCAGAGCACACCUUCAGCACAGUCAAUGCCUGGUUCUAAGCCUUCAGUAACUGCUUCCUUUACGCCGACAUCUGUCAUCAGAAAGAUGCACUCUGACAAAGCGAGCGAGAAGGAGAAGCAGAGAGGUGAUGGACCGAGGAUGGAGGGAGCCGAUGGUGACAAGAAGGUUCCGCCGGUGAAGCAGCUGGUGAGGUCUGAGGAGGGUAGAGAGCUCCAGGGACAGGAUUCCCGGAGGCCGGAGCAGAACGUCUUUGACUUCCGGACGCUGACCAACCCCAGCCAGGUUUCUGUCUGUUCUAGUCACCCCUCCCUGUCUGUGGGACCCAGCACUGUCUCCACCAGUCAGCCCAGCAUCAGCUCACACAAUCACAUGCCAAACCUCAGCAUUCCUCCCCCCUCACUGGCCAAUCAGAGUGGCCUCCCUUCACUGGCCAAUCAAAACUCACCACAGUUCUCUAGAAACAACUCCAUUGAUCAGGUAAAAAGGACGCCAUUGUUUGUUUCAAGGUCUAUGGAAGACUGAAAUUUAAGACAUAAAUUUUUUAAUA